AUGUCAGAGUCACAAAUGGGUGAAUCCUCACGCGCCGCUGAACUUGGCGCAUCUCAUUAUGGAUCAGGGCAUCCUGAUCGUAUGCCCAAACAGUUUACCUUGUGGUCCUUGUUGGCGUUUGCCAUCGCUGUCUGUAGUGCAUGGAUUGCGACAUCAAGUCUCUUGUCCACACACUUGACAUUCGGUGGCUUUGCAGCAGCCACAUGGAUUCCGGUUGCCUCUGCAUUUUUCUGCAUUUUUCCAGCACUAGGUCUAGCAGAGCUGGCAUCUGCAUACCCUUCGUCUGGUGGACAAUACCAGUAA